AUGGCGAACUUCGUAGCGGAUGGUCUCCUUCGUUUCGACGAACUAAUUCCCCGCGAAUUAAAUGAAGCCGCCCAUGCGGAAAUGGAAGAAGGUAUUAUCGUGCGUGGACGCGGUGGCACGGUUUUAGACGAGGUUUGGGCGGAUGAAUCUGCUGUCGGCAAAGUCUUCCGCCUUCCCGAAGUACAGGGCAUUAUCCAAAGUCUGGUGGGUGAAAAUCCGCUCUACGAUCAUCACGCCGUUCAUAUCGUCCGCCCUCAAAACAAUAUAGGGCAAAUUUGGCAUGCGGAUGCGAUUAUUGACCUGCGGAUGCAUUUUGACAUCCAAUUCUUCUAUUUCUCGCAUGACACGCCGCGCGAAAUGGGAGGAACGAUGAUUCUACCGGGGAGCCACUAUCGCCGUGUGUGUGAAACGGACAUCGCGCGCUAUCAAAAUUUCCUCGGGCAGCUGCCUAUCACCUGUAAUGCAGGCACACUCUUCGUGGUACAUCACGGGAUGUGGCACUGUGCGCAACCUAACCUGACGGAUCAGACGCGCUACAUGUUCAAGCUCCGUCUCAACCCGACGGUACGUCAGUGUCAACUCUGGAACACAGACGAUAUCGACACACCGGGGAUCCACGGUGCUUUAGGCAGAAAUCACAAAUGGUAUGGGAACGAUGUGCGGCUUGAAAUCGUCAACCGUAUCAAACAAUGGCGUUUCCUCAUCGGCGAUGACUCGUUUGAUAUCGGCUACUGGCUCUCCCGACUUGAAAACAUGCCAGAGAACGUCCAAGACGCAGCGUAG